GCGCCGCCCUGGGCCUGGCAAAGCACGCGGCGCUGUCGCCCCUCGGGUCGGGCCCCCACCUGUCUACCUCACACCUGGCGCUCCGGGCGCAGGCGCAGCACCAGCACCACGCCGCCAUGUUCGCCCCGCCCCCGACGCUGCCCCCGCCCCCGGCACUGCCCGCCAGCGGCCUGGUGGUCCCCGGAGCACCUGCCGAUGCCAGCCUGGUGGUCUCGCUCCGCCCGCCCUCCAUGUACUGCCAGCCACACGCGGGGAUUCUGAUCGACCACGAGCUGCUCAGGCAAGAGCUGAACACGCGGUUCCUGGUGCAGAGUGCCGAGCGGCCCAGCUUUGCCCUGGGCCCAGCAGGCCUGCUGCGGGCCGAGUUCCAUCAGCACCAGCACACGCACCAGCACACGCACCAGCACACGCACCAGCACACAUUCGCCCCCUUCCCGGCAGGGCUGUCCCCGACACCACCUGCACCCCCGCAGUUUGACAAGCAUGUGCCCAAGCUGGAUGGCUCCUACUUGCGACAUUCCACUCUCUUCCCACCCUUCCUGCCUGCUGUCCCCGGGCUGCCUGCCCUGCUCCCACAGCCCAGCCCCUUUGGGUCUCUGCAGGGGGCUUUCCAACCCAAGACUUCAAACCCAGCUGAAGUGACAGGCAGGGCCAGCACCGUCCAUGCCCUCCUACAGAAGGUCCCUGGGGUGCCUGACUCAUUCCGGACAGCAGUCAGGAAGCCAGGGAAGUGGUGUGCGGUCCAUGUGCAGCUGGCCUGGCAGAUCUACCACCACCAGCAGAAGAACAAGCAGGUACAGCUGGACCCACACAAGCUGGACGUGGGCUCGAAGCUGGAGCUGCUGAGCAGAGCCCCUGGUGCAAGUGUGUGUGUGGGGCUACACUACACCCAGGACCUGGCCCGGCCCCUGCUCUCCAGCACAGGUGUCGCCCACCCUGCCACCACCCCCUUCGGAGCCACCACCCGUCACAGCAGCUUUCUGCCCCCUGCUCACCUGACAGCAGACCCCUUCAGCAGAUCCAGCACCUUCGGGGGCCUAGGCAACCUGGGCAGCCACGCCUUUGGGGGCCUGGGCAGCCAUGCACUGACUCCAGGCAACAGCAUCCUGGCCCCCAAGGAGGGCUCCUCACUACAUGGCCUGCCCAGCCCCCAUGAGGCUUGGAACCGGCUGCAGCAGGCACCAGCCUCAUUCCCCACACCACCCCCGUGGCCCAAGCCUGGGGAGGCUCUGACCAGCCAGCCGGACAGAAUCAGGGAGGAGCGGGAUCUCCUGGAGAAGACGCGCCUGCUGAGCCGCGCCUCCCCUGCGGCCCCCAGCAGCCUCCCGGUCGCCAGCCUCCUGCUGCAUUCCGGGGCCCUCAUGGAGCAGGAGGCUGAGCACCGGGUCAAAGAGAGCCGCUCCCCGGCCAAGGAGGACUGUGCCCAACUGGCGGCGCACACACCCUCGCCCACAGCCUGCACAAGGGGCACCACCCUGGGCAACGUGAGGGUCAAAGAGGAGCACGGGGAGGAUGAGCCGGUGUCCGAAUCUGCGGGCAGCUGCCUGCACCCCGCCAAGGAGCGCCCACACGCACUGUCCACGCCCCUGCAGCUGGGCCUGGGCCGCGAGCGCCUGAGUACACCAAGCUUCACCUGGGAGCUACUGGGCCCCACCUCCCGCAGCCUGGAGCUGCCCCGGGCUCCCGGCCCCUCCGUACACUCGGAGCCUGCAGAGCGCCGCUUCCACGACCGCGAGCCGCUCGACUACGACCCUGUUCGCUGCGAGGAGCCAGAACACGCACGGUCCUCGCACCUGCUGCCCGCGGCUUCCGGGGUGGACACCGUUGUGCGGGGCGGCCUGCACUACCCACGGCUCAGGCCCGCGGCCGGCGCGCUGCACAACGGGCUUCUGGCGCGGACCCCUCCGGCCGCCGCCUCGCUGGGCGCGCCGCCCCCGCUAGUGGCCGCACCCACGCCCCCCGCGCGCAGCCGGCCUGCGCCCCUCGGCGUGGGGUCCGCGGAGGCGCGCGACUACUCCCCAGCCCGAGGCGCGCAGGAGGUGGAGGCGCGGUAGUGGCGGCCCCCGGCCCGGAGGCGGCGCGGGCCCUGCCGCAGACUGAAGGCCGAUAGAGCCCAAGCACAGCUCCAGCCGGUCCGUCCAGCCUGCCGAGUCGGGGUUUGGCACAGCGUUCCCGGGGUGGGUGUCGUUUUCCGAAGUUCAAAUUAGGCUCUUGUGGGGGACUGAGGAGAGAAAAAAACCAACCUACAAUUUGUACGUUUUUUCCCCACAGGUGAAAAGCAUUUUUAAUGGAUUUGUAUUUUUCUUAAUUUUGUGCUCUUUAAGCAUUUAGAAGACCAACAACAAAAAGAACUUUUGCUUGGUAAUUUUCAGUUGGGAUUUGCAGUUUACUGGGCUCAGCUCUCCCAGAGCCUGGGGACGCUUUGUCUUAUUUGUGGAGGAAAAACGGUCAUUCUAUCCAAUGCACUGUGAGGCUCCCGCUCAGGCUCGCCCCCCUCUUGGUACUUGGACCCCAAGUUACAGAUAUAUAUUAAAAUGAUGAUUAAUAAUAAUGCACAA